AUGAAUGUUCAACAUAAAAGGAGUUUUAACUGUGCCGGUUUAUGUGCUGUUGCGGCCAGUGCGAUUUUUAAUGUUUGUUUCAAUUAUUUAGGAAAAUUAUUGUUGAUUUCGCUUCAUCAGCUAUAUACGUGGUAUUAUGUGAUAGGGACACAUUUGCAUGGUUUAAAUAGUGUGAAGAUAUUUUUGAGGACUAUAUUCAAGACUGUUCACCUUGAUAUAAGAAGUAGGGUUUCAACUUAUGAAAAAGUUCCAAAUCAUUUAACCAUUAUUAUUGGAGUAGAAUCUCCAUCUUAUACAGACUUUGCUAAACUGAUUGGGUGGUGUGUGCAGUCUGGAAUUUCUCACAUUAGCUUCUAUGAUCAUUAUAAUGGCAUAGAUUGUAAACUACUCUUUGUUUCUGUUUGCGAAGAUGCUAAGCAAUACAUUCCUUAUAUUAAGUGGGGGAAGUCUUUUAGUGAAGAUUUUAAGGAAAUGUCCAAAUCACAGAUAAAUGGGUACUCGUGGAAGCCCAUGUUAACAGUACAUGUUUAUCAAAGGAAUGAUGGUGUUAAUAUGUUCUUGAAGUCUGUGCCUGAUAUAAUUAAUAGCGGUAGUGCAUCAGUGGAUAUAAAACAACUUGAUACAUUCCUCAGAAAAUACAUAAAUGCGCCUGAUCCAGACUUUGCUCUUAUCUGUGGAGAUGUAUUUUCAUCUUUUGGAUUUCCUCCUUGGUGUUUAAGGAUUACUCAGUUUAAACAAAUUACUACACAUCAUAAUCUCACCGUUGAGGCUUUUCUUGAACAACUCGAAGAUUAUAGCACUUGUAAACAGAGAUGGGGAAAAUAA